GCGCUCUUCUCAACGGCACUCAUCAACAAUGCCUGACAUAAACGACCUCCCUACUGAGUUGAUGGUGGAGACUUUCUCCCAUCUGGAACUCGAUGACCUGACCCGAUGCAUGCGCUCCAGCAAAACUUUCAGGGCCAUCACUGAGCAUUCCGCCUUCGACAAGAUCUUCUUCCGCACCAAGCUACCCUCACUCGAAGACACUCUCGACCCCAACAAGCUCCAAAUCAAUCCCGCCUUUAGGUCUCUGAGCUACAUCUGCCGUUCCAAGAUCGAGGACACUGGCUUUCUGUUCGUCGAUGAGAAGCCUGGCGGCUCACCCAACUACCGCACUGUCCCUUUGUCCGCGACUUCUGCUGCCACUCAGAAUGCUACAGAGCCCGCUGUCUCGUCCCUCACUCUCAGUCCCUUUGGAAAAUCGGUCUUUGAUGUUGAGAUCGAGGUAGAGCAUGGAGUGACUGUUCUCGAUGUUAUGAAGGAGCUUUGCGGGUACUAUCAUGGAGAUGUACCCAACGACUCCUGCCGUUACUUCUUGGCAGGCUUCUACAAAAACAAGUGGUCCACUGGAGAACACAUCAUCUUCUCUGUUCACUGGAAGUGAACUACCUUGACGCAUGAAGUUGAUAUUAUGACAGAACGAGAAAGACACAUCACCCUUACUCCACAACAGAGAUGCUUCUAAGAACCUUGCUCCUUGAUUCAAGUCAGACAAAUUGCUUCAGCUACGAGUUUUCCCCGUCAAAUCAUAUUAUACCAUACCUUC